UUCCCUAACCUUAACCCCCUAGACCUAAUCCCUAAUUCUAACUGUAAACCCUAAACCUAAAGUAGCAUUUUUCCUUGUGGGGUCCAGCAAAAUGACCCUAGUUGGGAUAUUAAAACCCCAAAAACACACACAGAGCGUAAUGCUCUGGCUUACUGCUUCUGAAACAUCAAACUAUUCCAAAAAGAAAAGUGUGCGCACAGUAUUGAGUCAAAUCAAAUAAGCAACCGAAACAUUUAGGCCUAUUUACUCAUCGGGAAUUUAUGAGGACCAAGAUCUCGCAUGCGCCGUAUUAGCCUACUCGCCGCUUUAAACCGAGGCUGGACAGAUGUUAAUAUGCAGCCUGGUUGAGGGGUGAAACUCCGGGAAAACAUUUUAAGAGGGAACUGAAGAGUCAACGUUGACCACAUUAAUGUAGGGACAAAAUAAAUAAAGGGCAUCAUGUUGAGAAAGUAGUUCCAGAUAUGUCAGCAGCAGGAGCGACGCGGAAAUGUCCACAACGGAGCAACAGCCAAAUCCAGAUGAGGAUGAUCAGGAGGAGCAAUGGGAGGAGGGGCCUCUGCAGUGUUUCCGCUGUGACCUGGGCUUCUGGGAUGCCUGCUACACCACCAAAACCAACUGCAACAUCGGGGAGAAGUGCUACACUGGCCGAGGGAAGGCAGGUGAUGUGUUGGAUGUUAAGUUGCUGGGCUGUGUCAAGGCGAAGGAGUGUGAGCUGGUGACCAAUGUGGAGAUCUUCUCCAACACAACCAUCUACGUGAUGACCAGGCACUGCUGUGACACACACUUCUGCAACACCGGACACACACUACCCCUCAACACACUCCUCUCCCCGACAGUGACUAUAAUAACCAUGAUCCUCACCUUCAACAGACUACAAUAACCACCAUGCAUCAUAAAGUCCCCAGCAGCUCACCUUUAUUCAAUUUUCUUAAUUCUGUUAAUAUUCUGUGUUUAUUUGUCGAGGAAUAUGGACAGUAAUUAACAUAUGUGGAUGUGCCAGACUGAGGCAAAAGUCUCAUGUUCAAACCUUAGAAGCUGACUCUGGGCUUGGGCAAAAUUGGUUAGAUGGUUUUAUGGAAUUCAAUUUUGAAUAAAUGUAAUUUUCUCAUUCUGUUGUUGGCAUAAACUAGAAAAGGAGACUGGAUUUUAUUUUCUAUCAUAUUUAUUGAACAUUCUGAAUUGUAACUGUGAAUAACGUAAUACGAAUUUACAUUGUCCUCAAUCUUGGUUGGGAUAUUUUAAACACGUUAAAAUUACUUUUAUGUUCUCCUCCAAACUGAAAUAUUCCAUAGAGAAUACUACAGUAUCUCCCAUUGACUUUAGUGUUAUGGUAAAUCCUAAAGUAGUAUGCAUCAAUCUCUCAGACCCAUAGGCACAGAUCUAGGAUCAUCUUAACCUCUCUAAAUCCAUCAGCAUCUUGGGGCAACUUCCUCUUACAGUCAGUGAAGCUGAGGUCAUACUGGACAGUGUUUUAGUGUAUCUCCCAUUGACAACAGUAGUACUGGUAUACAGUAGUGUUGCUGUUACAUAGACAACAGUAGUACUGGUAUACAGUAGUGUUGCUGUUACAUAGACAACAGAAAAACUAGUAUACAAUAGUGUUGCUGUUAGAUAGACAACAGUAGUACUGGUAUACAGUAGUGUUGCUGUUAGAUAGACAACAGUAGUACUUGUAUACAGUAGUGUUGCUGUUACAUAGACAACAGUAGUACUGGUAUACAGUAGUGUUGCUGUUCCAUAGACAACAGUAGUACUGGUAUACAGUAGUGUUGCUGUUACAUAGACAACAGUAGUACUGGUAUACAGUAGUGUUGCUGUUAGAUAGACAACAGUAGUACUGGUAUACAGUAGUGUUGCUGUUAGAUAGACAACAGUAGUACUGGUAUACAGUAGUGUUGCUGUUAGAUAGACAACAGUAGUACUGGUAUACAGUAGUGUUGCUGUUAGAUAGACAACAGUAGUACUGGUAUACAGUAGUGUUGCUGUUAGAUAGACAACAGUAGUACUGGUAUACAGUAGUGUUGCUGUUAGAGCAGGUCUCCUCCAGAGGGAAGCAGCUCCUCCUUCAUGUAGCGCUGCAGAUCCACACUCUGGUCCUCAAGGUUCACACACAGGAACUUCUUCACCACACAAACACACCUGACAGGGACACACACACAAAGAAAACACCUGUGUGUGUAUGUAUUGCAGACAGAAUAACUUAUUUAAAAUGUUCAUCUGAGCCAUCUGUGUUGCAGGUGAAUGGUAACAGCUGAAUAAGAUGAGAAAAAGAGGAAACCCACACACUGAUCUUGAUAGUAUCACUGCUCUUUAAUAACUUUACGUAUCGACCUCAAGGCCUUCCUCAGAGCGUUUGUAAGUGUUUAUAAUUAGCAACCGUAUGUAGAUAUUGAUCCACCCACAUCCGUUCAAUGCAUCGAAUGGGGUUGGAGUCGUUGGAAAAUAAGCAAGUGUUACCAAAUAUAACAUUGUGCAUUUAUUUCAUAACUAUUCUAAUAACGUGUGUACAUAACUCAAAAAACGCCUGUAAAACCACAAUGAGGACAUCAACCUAUCAAGUCAGUUUUCAUAAAUCAUUUCAUAAAUCAGUGCAAGAAAAAACGUCAGAGUAAACUGAAGUGGAGGCAUUCAUUCAUGUUCACAUUUACAUGCAUUCUUUUAUCUCAACUUAUUUAAAUGUAAAAUCUGUCUUUAGAGUCUCACCUGCACAUUGACUCGGUACAGGUACUCCUCGUAUUUAGCCUCGUUAUUGUUGUUAUUGUGUUACUAUUUCCUUUUUAUUGAGUAAAUAUUUGUCUUAUUCUAACUCUGCACUGUAGGGAAUGGGCUCGUCAGUAAGCAUUACACUGUCUACACCUGUUGUAUUCGGCCAAUAACAUUUGAUUUGACUUUGUGUGUGUUCACUGUGAGUGUGUGACUUACUUGUUUGCCUGCUCCUCUGUAGAUGGUCGGUCGAUGCGUUUAAUGGUCUUUCCUGUUCUGUACAGUUCAGAUACCUACACAAACGCACAUACAUAACUUACACUCUUAGUUUGCAUUUCUGUUGAAAUAAAUGUGAUGCCUUAUUGUACUUGUGUGCAUAGACAUAGGAAGUAGUUUGGGAGAGUGGAGGCUGCUUUAUAUUUUCAUUCAUGGUAGAAAUAAAAUUGUUAAAGAAUAUA